ACUACCAGUUUCAAAGACAAAUACUAGAAUUUUAUAAUUAUAAUUUAUAAGUUAGUAUUUUAUCUUUUCACACUACGGUGUCAGCUCAUUUAUUCUUCUUCUUUGUAUAGGUUAUAAAAAUGUAACAAGUUGGCUCGUGUCGUCUUGUUCAAAACCAUGUAAAUUAAUUCGUAAUUAUUGAAAAAAUCGUUUUCAAAGCCAAAUUUGUAGUACAAUUCCGAGGAGGACAAACAAAAUGAUUGGUUGAAAAUUAAUAAGCGUGGGAUUUAAGGACGUAUAUAAUGUAAUUAACGUGGUUUGAUGUCCAAGCAGUCCAACAACCAGUAGUAAUAACGAACCAAUCAUCAACCUUCAUUUCUUUUAGUAUUUAAAUAUAGGCUUAAUAAUAUCGACUGACCAAUUAAUAGAUGUAUAAUAAUCAUCGUCCACGUCAGAAUUUCACCUCUUUCUCUCCAGCUUUGCAUGGCUCUUGCUUUCUCCUUAUCUCCCUCCCUCUCCCUUAUUACUUCCUCUCCAAAUCCGCUGCUCCUCCAAUAAUCUCUCUCCUCUCUCACUUUCUCUUGCAAUGCUUGGAAGUUAUAAAGAAGUUAUGUGGCCAAGACUUGUGGCCAACAAGAUCCUAAGGAAAAGCGUUGGAAGCAACAACUUCGUUGCCGAUUUUCCACCAGAUGCUGAUGAGCUGCUUCUAGAAGCUCCUGGAUUAGUCGACGAACAACCUUCUUUCGAUUCUAAAUCAAUCUUCGUCAAUCAACACAAGACUACUAAUCUCAACUACAAGGUUCACGUUAGCACAUGGAACGUUGGUGGAAUCGUGCCGGAGGAUGGAUUUGACAUGGAGGAUCUCUUGGAAACACAUAAAACCCCGUGUGAUAUAUACGUUCUUGGGUUUCAAGAAGUUGUGCCACUCAGAGCUUCGAAUGUUUUGGGAUCAGAUAACAACAAGGUCUCUGCGAAAUGGAACUCGUUGAUAAGAGAGACCUUGAACAAGAGCGUGGCCACUAGUGAUGAUAGGAACAAGGGAAUUAAUGGUGUUUCCCAAGAUUUUAAGUGUAUCAUAAGUAAACAGAUGGUCGGAAUCUUGAUCACCGUUUGGGUCCGAGGCGAUCUCAGGCCGUACAUCCGUGAUCCCAGCGUCUCCUGCGUUGGGUGUGGCGUUAUGGGUUGCUUAGGAAACAAGGGAUCAGUAUCGGUUAGAUUCCGGUUGCACGAGACGAGCUUCUGCUUCGUGUGCAACCAUCUAGCCUCCGGUGGUCGCGACCGUGAUGGAAGGCAAAGAAACUCCGAUGUCAUAGAGAUUCUAUCGAGAUCGACUUUUCCUAGAGGCACAUAUCUUGAAGAUUUGCCGAAAAAAAUACUUGACCACGACCGAGUUAUUUUUCUGGGAGAUUUGAAUUAUAGAAUAUCUCUACCUGAGGAGAAGACAAGAUUAUUGGUGGAACGAAAAGAAUGGAAGACUUUACUCGAAAAUGAUCAGCUAAGUAUGGAGAUCAUGAAUGGCCAAAUUUUCAGAGGGUGGCAAGAAGGAAAUGUCACAUUUGCUCCAACGUAUAAAUAUAUUCCAAAUUCAGAUUUAUAUUAUGGAUGCAUUGCAUACAAAAAAGACGAGAAGAAACGAGCUCCUGCAUGGUGUGAUCGAAUAAUAUGGUACGGAAAUGGAUUGAAGCAACAUGAAUAUACUAGAGGAGAAGUGAAGAUAUCUGAUCAUAGACCCGUCAAAGCAAUCUUUACCACAGAAGUUAAAGUGUUACGAUAUAGCAACAAAAUUCGUGAUCUCUUUUUCUCAGAGAGAUUUGAAGACAGAAUUGAUGGAUAUGAUCAGAUAGAUUCCAAAGACUACUCGUGGAUUUCUACCUAAUUUAUGAAUUGGGAUGAAAUCUCGUUGUUGUACAUAUAUAUAGUACACCCAAUUAUAGGCUCUUAAGAAAACAAAAGGCAUAUAGAGUGUUCGUUUUAUUUGUUUUUUAGAUCAUACUGCUUGUGAUAAGAAUAUAUAUUGUGAAAGACUAACUUAGUGUAACAAUAUAUUGGUGCGCAA